AUGACACGAUCAAGUACAAAUUUGGUAGUUUUACUAAUAGCGUGGACGAUUAUUUUUUCUUUGGUCCCUUUGGUAUCUGGUAUUUUUACAUACAAUGAAUCAAAACCAUCCUUCACAAAGCCAACCAUAUGGAAUUACUUUACAUACGAUGACGGAACAGUAGUUAUUCAUAUUUUGAGUGUAAAUCCUUAUCAUGAUUUAGGUCUGAAUGUUACAAAGUGUUAUAAUUCAACAUUAUCCUUGCGCGUUAUUUAUCCCAAUGGAACAGUCGGAGAAAUAGACAGUGACCUUGGGGGAAUUCAGGAUUUUAACUGGUGUCUUACAAAGUAUGGUAGUUAUUCUAUACGAAAUCCUAUCCGCGUUACAAACCUUCAUUCGGGUUAUGCAGUUGUUACAUACAUAAACGCUUCAGAUCCAAACGAUUAUUUAACUUAUAAAGAAUGGGGAUUAAUUAUGGGUUUGGAUGGCAAGAUACAUGAUCGUGCAUAUCUCGGUUUGCCAUAUUUAGAUCUAAAAAAAGGCUUUUGGCGUCGUUCUUCGAUAGUGGAAAACGUUAAUCCUGAAAGGGGUUUUUUUAGAGUAUCUUGGAAAGAUCUUAUUUAUGAAUGGCAACAAUAUAUAAUAGAUGAUAAUAACAAUUUUAAGAUGUUUUUAAAUGGAAGUUUUAAAAAGAUAGAUAAUUUUGAUGUACAUUUAAUUAUUUCUAACGUCGACGAGGGCUAUAAUAUAAUUAUGCAAAAUAAAACCACUGAUUUAACACCAACCAAAGAUCCUUUUACAGUUCGUGCUGGGGCUUAUGUACUUUUGAAGAAAUACGAUGAUACACAAUUCAGUCCACCAAUAUUACUUUAUCAAUUAACGCGAGAUGAUUUUAAUUUAUCUUAUUUGGAAUGCGAAAUUUCAAAUGUUAAAGUUGGACAAGUUUGUAGAAUUGCCCUUGAUGAUUCCAACUCCACAUAUUAUUCAAAAUUUUAUUAUUUAUCUACCGGUUCUAUUGUAGAAUUUUCCCCAAUAACAUUACCCGAUAUACCUGAAAAGAAUUUUACUUUUUUGGAUUUUAAUUCUUUCGUAUUUUAUAGUAUUCCACUUGGUGGAUAUUUUUAUCCGAGCUUUUUAUUUAAUGAAUCUAGCAAUAUUACUUAUACGUAUGGAUAUAUUUUUGAUUCAAAUGCUAACAAUCCUACCAAUUGGAGUCUUCCCGAACCAUCAGUUAUAGAUUCGAUGGGAACAUUUAUAAUCUUGCCUAAUAAUACCAUGUUACUUGCACAACCGGAAUUGAUUGAUUCAUGGAGUUUUAUCUCCAUAGAUCUUCCUAAAUUUACUGAAGACCAUGGAUAUUUAAAUACUUUUAUUAAUACGACGUAUCCUCAAAUAGAUUCGGUCAUUCCAACUUCAACAGAAAAAAUUACAAUUACAUUUUAUCAACCAGUAGAAUUUUCAGCUGGAAAUAUUUCAAUAUAUCAAGUUGAGAAUAAUGUUGACAUUCUUCGACAAUAUGUUAGCGGCUUGAGAAAUAGUGAUUAUUGUACUAUCUCUGAUAAUGGAUUAAUCAUAACUAUAAAAGUUAUAAAAAGUACCUUUAGUAAGCCUCUCGGUAAAUUUUAUAUUAAAUUUGAUGGUAACUUUGUAAGAGACAAAACAUAUAAAGAAUCUUUGAGGGGUUUAUAUACAAAUAUUUGGCAAUUCAGUACAUCGAAAAAUCUGGAACAAUUUGCAGACUCGGCAACUGGAUUAAUGCGUUUAACUACGGAAGGCACUCAACAUUAUGAAAAUCUUACUUCAACUGAAAAACAUCAAUUCUUUUUAAAUCUCCAAAAUGAAUUAUCUAAAAUUAUUCCUAUUAAUAUUGAUAAACUAAGUUCAACCGAAAAAACUCAAGUUGAUAAUACUAAUGGUCGUCGUCAACUAAUUAUUUCUAUUGAUAUUAAAUCAUCUAAAGAUGAAAGAAGUGUUGAUGCUAUUGUAAAAGAUUUAGAUGAAAUGAUUAAAUAUAAAAGCAUGACUCUCAUUAGUUUAAAUCCUACCACAAUAUUUUUAGAUGAAAAUUAUGGAUUUGCGACAACACCAAAUCUCUGGGAAAAAUACAAGUUUAAACUUUUGGGUCUUUUCCUUGCAAUAAUAUUUUUAAUAAUUAUUUUCUUUAUUGCACAAAGAAGAGAAAAAAAGGCUAAUAAUACGGCUAUUUUACAACUUGGAUUAAUUAUUUUUGAUUUGGCAUUGGAUAUUCUUUUUGUCGUUUUUAAUGGUAAAAUUGUUGAAGAACUCUAUAUUCCAAGUAUCGUAUUCUUGGUUGUUCCAAUUACUCUCAACACCAUUUGGGCAUUUUAUAUUAUUAAAGCUGAAAACGCAUCUCCUGAAUUUUUAGGAUGGUUUAAUCAAAAUAUAAAAACAGCAUCAAUAUUUACAAUCUUAUCAGGUGCUGAUAUUGAAGCAUUAAGUAUUCUCUAUUCAAAUUUUGCUGGAUUCGCCCAUUUCCAAGCACCUUUUUCUCAUAAAGGAAAAGUUAGAAUUUUUCGAGCUUCUUUCUUAGCCGUUUUCACUGAAAAUAUACCACAAGUGGUUAUACAGAUAAUAUACCAUUUCCUUGUGAUUUCAUAUGACAUUGUUCCUCUUCUUACACUCAUUUCUUCAUGCCUUAGUUUGACCAUUAAUCUUAUUGGCAGAAUAUACCAAGCAAUAAGUUAUUCUCGUUUCCAUCAUGAAUCUUCGGAAAAUAAUACAAAUAAAAACAAAAAUAAAGAGGAAGUCGAAGACGACAAAUCGACCCAAGAUUUCUCUAAUAUUAAUUUUAUACCGGAAAUACCAAUAACACUUGCAAAUGUUUCACAAUAA